UUCAUAUAUAUGAUAUAUGGUUAUGAUUUAAAGAUGAUGAUAAGGGUUAAUAAGAAGGCGAUGACUUUGAUGCAGUUGUAGCAGCAACAAGAAAUUAACAGUAGAGAGAGAAAAUAAAGAUCAUCAAAAAAAAAAAAUAUUGAACAUGAAUUCUGAUGCAUGCAUUCCACCAGGAUUCAGAUUCCAUCCAACAGAUGAAGAACUCGUUGGAUACUAUCUAAAGAAGAAGAUCGAAUCUCAAAAGAUACAUCUUGAUGUUAUUCGCGACAUUGAUCUUUAUAGGAUCGAACCUUGGGAUCUUCAAGAUAGAUGUUGGAUUGGGUACGAGGAACAGAAUGAAUGGUAUUUCUUUAGCCAUAAAGAUAAGAAAUAUCCUACGGGAACCAGGACGAAUAGAGCUACAAUGGCAGGGUUUUGGAAGGCGACAGGAAGAGACAAGGCGGUGUAUGAUAAGUCUAGGAUUGUAAUUAUUGGUAUGAGAAAAACCCUAGUCUUCUACAAAGGUCGAGCUCCCAACGGUCAGAAAACUGACUGGAUCAUGCACGAGUACUACAGACUCGAGGAUUCCCAUGAUCAAAAUAUUGCUACUCUUACACAGGAAGAAGGAUGGGUGGUUUGUCGAGCAUUCAAGAAAAGAACAAAUGGGCUAGCCAAGACAAGUGUUGAUCGUUGGGACUCGCCCUACUUCUAUGAUGAAUUACCUAGUGGCAUGAGGAGGCAAUCCUCUUCGAGUAAUAUCUUACCCUAUAACAAGAAUCUCUUGUGCAAGGAAGAAAUAGAAGUUGUUAAACUCCCUCAACUUGAGAGCCCCUCCCUUCCAUUACCAAAGAGUCUAGCAACCGCAUCGAUAAUUCAUAAUUAUGAGGAAGAUAAUCAAAGCAAAGGAUUCAUCAAUGUCGACAACUAUGUGAAUGUGAAGAAUAAAGUAACAGAUUGGAGGGCACUCGACAAGUUUGUUGCUUCCCAACUAAGCCAGGAAGAUAAACAUGACUCGAGAUUGAGGGAAAAUAAUCUUGAUGAUAAUAGCUACAACAACAAUAUUGGUUGCGAUGAUUCAGAUAUUACAUCAUUGCUUUUGUUGCAGAGUGGAAGACGAGAAGAAGUUAAGAGAUUUAGUGGCUUUCUUAACUCGGGCGCAUAUGGUGAUAUUGGAAUUUGUAUAUUUGAUCCUACACAUUAAUAAUAUGGAGAUAGACUUCACAAUUGGUGUCAAAACCAACUUGUAAUUACUAAUAUUUCCAUAAUGUGUAGUACUACUCUAAGAUUGCAUACAUCUUUUGAUGAGUAAUGUUGUGUAAAAUAAUGUUCUAUGCCUAAUUCUAUGAGUGCAAAUAUCUUUCUCUUCUUAUUUCUUUCAUUGAAAGAUAAGAGGAUUGACAAUAUGUUUGAUUAUAUAUAAUGCAGUUACUAACUCA